AUGUCGGACAGAAGGAGGAUCAAUGGGCCAUCUGGUGGAACCAGUGCCCCAAUAUACUCGAAAUAUCUUGCGAAAGACGCGAAAAAGUCACCAGAGAGACCCACGAGAACAAGAGAACCUAAUGUUCUCAGGAAAAUGUUUCUCAAAACAGGAGUUACGCCUUCAGCGUCAGGAUCCGCGUACCUCGAACUCGAAGCAUCAAAAAAUCCCAAUUCCACCGCACCAGGCCUAGCAUCCCUUUCUACCUCUGGCCUGAAACUCACCUGCACCGUCCAUGGCCCACGACCCUUACCAAAAUCUGCACCUUUCUCCCCACAUAUAAUCCUUACAACACAUGUGAAGUAUGCUCCGUUUGCUACGAGGAAGAGACGAGGCUACCUUCGGGACUCGACUGAGCGAGAUCUUGGAGUGCACCUUGAGACGGCGUUAAGAGGAGUAAUUAUUGGUGACCGAUGGCCGAAGAGCGGAGUGGAAGUCAUCAUCACAAUCCUGGAGGGCGAGGAAGAUCAAUGGUGGGGCGAUGAUAUUGGAGGGGCAGUUACAAGCGCAGCAGAGUGGGGAAUGAUGAGUGUGCUUAGUGGGUGUAUAACGGUUGCCUCUGCUGCAAUUGCAGAUGCUGGUAUUGACUGUGUGGAUGUUGUGGCAGGUGGGGUCGCAGCGGCUGUCAAGGGAACUGGAACUGGUGGAGAUACAUCUGCGCCGAUGGUGGUUCUUGACCCUGUUCCCUCUGAGCACAAGGACAUAAUAGCUGCUUGUAUAGUGGGCUAUCUCCCUGGUCGAGAUGAGAUUACAGAUCUUUGGGUCAAGGGAGAAAUAGGGAAGGAUAACCUGACUCGAAACUCAGUACCGGGUUCGUCAUAUGAGGAGCUGGCAGACAACGCUGUACAGGCUGCUCUGGGAGCGCAUCGGGUUCUUAUUGCCGCGUUAAAAGAGACCACAGAGGUUAAGAUGGGACGGUUAUGA